GUAGCAUCGCGGCGCUGGGCAUCACCGGCUCUAGUUUAGCAUCACCGGGCUCUUGCUGAACAACAACAGGGCAUCACUGGGCUCUUCAUCCCACUUGUACAUUGUCUGUUAUUCAGUAGGGCAUCUUCAGCGAUCACAUCAGGGGUAUUUUCGGGGCACACAACUUGGAAUCUCUGCUGGGAACUACCUGAGCUGCGCCGAACAGUGAUCAGAGAGCGCAUGGCACUAACUGUGCACCACUAGCAUCAUCACCUGGCAUCAAUAGGAACUACCUACCUGGGCAUUGUCACUGAGCAUUGAUGGGCAUCCCCACUUGCCACCUUUAUUGGCAUAAAAGAUCGGUGCUAGUUACUAAAAACAAAGCUUUCCCUGGCAUCACAGAGCACUAUUCAGCACUCUUGGGGUAUUGCUGCCCCCUCACAGGCUUAGCUGUGUAUCCCCUCUGGGCAUAUAUUGUUCAUUGCUGUAUAUUUCUUACCGAGGUGAUACCCUGGCAUCACUAAAACAUCCUCACUAAGACCUGGCAGUCUGAAUAAUCUCACCAGACACUGCUCAAGCAACCCUAUUUGGCACUAUUCUUAUCAGGGCACCCUCAGCAGACAUAGCACAGGAUCGCCUGGCAUAGCAUGGUGUAACUGGGAUAUCCUAGCCGGGCAUCACUGAGGAUUAACUCCUGGAUUCUCCGGAAUUAACUCUGUAAAACGUGGGGCAAAACAUCUGGAGCUGGAAAGAGGUCUGAUGCCCUGAACACACAAAGACUGGGGAGGCAGUAUAGAGACAUAUAAAACAAAUAUUUAGAUUACAUUAGAAUAUAAUAGAGAGAGGAGAGAGCUUGUGACAGAAAAUUUAGAGUGCUAAUAGCCUAAAGACUAGCAGGGAAAGAGAUAAAAUAACCUAUCAUUUGCCAGACAGAGAAAGUGACAGAGGGACAGGUAAGAAAAUAACAGACAGCUGAGUAAGAGAGAUAUAGAUAAGGUAGGUAUAGACAGGGUAGAGGAAAGGUAGGUGGGGGGUUACAUAUAAGAGACACAGGUGACUGGGAACACUAAAAAAGAAACAGACUAAAUACAUGUGAGGAGGUUGUUGCAGGUAAUAGGAAUUAACGUGUAAGAAAGGCUGGUGUGUAAAAAUUAGGGAUAUUGGUGAAUGGGUUAAAAGGGUUAGUUGUAUAAGAUAGAGUUAAUACAUUGGUAUAGCUGAGGAAGGUUACAUAUAGGUGAAACUGGUUACCUAUAGGGGUAGGUGAGAGUUACAUGCAGGUGGGGUACAGGUAAGGUGGGCUCUCUAUCAUUCAGGUGAGUUACACAGCUGCUCUCAUCUUUGUGAUUGGAGGUUACACAUCAGAGUUAAUAUAGAGGUGUUUCUAUUCAUGUGAUUUGGAGCUACACAUAGGGAUACAGGCACGGAGGAGUUACAUAAGGUCAGAUGGUUACACAUAAGAUGUAAAAUGUAAAAUGAUUAUAUACAGGGGAAAUUGGUUACAUACAAUAUUUAUAUUUGGUUGUUGUUACAUACAUUUGAGGGGACUUACAUACAGGCGGUAAACAGAUAUCCAUAACAUAUGUGGUAUGGGUUGGUUACCUAUAGAUGAGUUUGGGUACAUAUAGAAGAUAUAGGUGUAGUGGGUUCCAUAUAGGUGAGGGAGAUUACAUAUGUGUGAUUAGGGGUUAACUGUAAAUGAUACAGGUGUGGGAAGCUACCUAUAUAAUUGAAGAUUACAUAUAAAAGAUACUAGCAAGGAGAGUUACAAACACAUAAUACAAGGGAAGAGGGAUACAUAAAGGUUACUGGUUUAUACAGUAAAAAAAAGAUAUAGUAUAACAGGAGGUAGAUGAAAGAUUGGUGCCAAAAGUGGUUGAGCAGAGUGUGGGGCAUAGGUGGUAGAAACAAAAAGGGGAACUCUUGAGUGAGAAGGUGAAGUGUACUGCAUUCAGGGUGAACACCAACUGCAUCUUAGGAGAAAGUGUUGAAAAAAAUUCUAACUGUGAGGAAUCAGAGGGGCAGAUUUUGUUGGCAAUGCAAUAAAUAUUAAAUAUGGUAGGUGAAAGAGAUAGGAAAUGAAUAUUCAACCUGGCAGAAUUACAGUGGGUUUAUGAUAUGGCAGAGUAUUAUAUAAGAACGUUUGUCUAAGGUAAGGUUUUUUUUAUUGUGAGGCAGCCACUGUCUAUUGGGUAAGAUAUUAAUGACAUUAACUCUAGCAGGGAAAAUGAGAGAUCAUCUAUAUUAAUUAGGAAAGUGAUAGAUUUCACCUUCUAUGGUGGAGUAAAGUAGAAAACAAAUACUGUAUGUUGGGGGCGGAUACAGUAAGCAGGACAGUAUUAGGGGCAUGCCAUUAGGUAAACAGACUGUAGUUGGGAGACUUAUACUUUGGAUUUAUUUUUGCAGGAGGUGAUCUGAGGUAUUUGCUGUAGGUGAGUGAAUGUGGAGCAGUAAUUUUAGUUAAUUUUGUCGGGAUGUAUAGGGGAAGCUUCUGUAGGAAAGAAUUUGAGGGAGUACAUUUAUUGUAGGUGGUAAAUAGGAGUCACUGUAGGUGGGAAAUACUGUAGAUUUAAAUUUAAGGAUAGUAAGGGUAUAUGAGAGCGUAAAGGAAGCAGAUACAGUAGAUGCAAGGAUUAAAGGACAGUUGCUGCUGUUGAGAGAAAGCAGAAGGCAGUCUCUGUAGGUGGCAAAGCCAGGGGCAUUUAUUGUAGGAGGCUGAGCAAGGAGGGCUUACUGCCCAGUCCGGAUGGGAAUUUGGAAGGCACCUGGAGUGUCUGGAGGCUGCUGGAGAUCCCAGACUGGAGACUUUAUGACCAAAGAGCUUCCUGGGCACAACCGUGAGUUGUGAUCAACCUGACCUUGGACCUGAGGCCAGAGUAUGGCCGGGGAUGAAAGAAAACCCCAGGAAGAAGAAUCAGCCAAAGACACAGGGCUAGAUGUGGAGGGACUUCCUUACCCCACCCUGGCACCAGUGGUCUUCUUCUACCUGGACCAAGAGAGCAGACCCAGGAGCUGGUGCCUGAAAAUGGUCUGUAACCCCUGGUUUGAGCGCUUCAGCAUGCUGGUAAUCCUCCUAAACUGUGUGACUCUUGGAAUGUUCCAUCCCUGUGAAGAUAUUGCCUGUGACUCCCAGCGCUGCAAAAUCCUGCAGGGUUUUGAUGAUUUCAUUUUUGCGUUUUUUGCUGUGGAAAUGAUUAUCAAGAUGUUUGCUUUAGGAAUUUUUGGAAAGAAAUGCUAUUUGGGAGACACCUGGAACCGUUUAGAUUUUUUUAUUGUCGUUGCAGGGAUGCUAGAAUAUUCUCUGGAUCUACAGAAUGUCAGUCUCUCAGCAGUACGGACGGUCAGAGUCCUGCGCCCAUUGCGAGCCAUUAAUAGAGUUCCAAGUAUGCGCAUCUUAGUGACGCUGCUCCUCGACACUUUGCCAAUGCUGGGAAAUGUCCUUCUUCUCUGCUUUUUUGUCUUCUUUAUCUUUGGAAUUGUCGGUGUCCAGCUUUGGUCGGGACUACUGAGAAAUCGCUGCUUCCUUCCCCAAAACUUCAGCCUGCCUCCUUCCUUAGAACUGGAACAAUAUUAUCAGACGGAGAACGAAGAUGAGAAUCCUUUCAUCUGUUCCCAGGCCAGAGAAAAUGGUAUGCGGUACUGCCGGAGUGUGCCGGCUCGGAGAGAAGAUGGACUUGAAUGCACGUUGGAUAGUUACUUUUAUAAUAGCACUAGCAAUACUUCCUGUGUUAACUGGAACCAGUAUUAUACAAACUGCUCUGCAGGGGAACAUAACCCAUUUAAAGGUGCCAUCAAUUUCGAUAACAUUGGUUACGCUUGGAUCGCAAUAUUUCAGGUGAUCACUCUGGAAGGAUGGGUAGAUAUCAUGUACUUUGUGAUGGACGCACAUUCGUUCUACAACUUUAUCUAUUUUAUACUUUUAAUUAUAAUUGGAUCCUUUUUCAUGAUUAAUCUUUGUCUAGUGGUCAUAGCGACCCAAUUUUCUGAAACCAAACAACGGGAGAGUCAACUGAUGAAAGAACAGAGGGUUCGUUUUCUCUCCAAUGCCAGCACGUUGGCCAGUUUCUCUGAGCCUGGCAGCUGCUAUGAUGAACUCUUGAAAUAUUUGGUUUAUGUGACUCGAAAGGCAAGUAGACGGUGUGUCCAACUGUACAGGGCUGCAAUCUUCAGAGCUGGACUGACAUCCAGCCUGGUGGUGAAGAGCAGCACAGAGAAGCCUAACAGGAAGCAACGGAGGAGACGGUCGUCUAUACAUCAUCUAAUCCAUCACCAUCAUCAUCAUCAUCACCAUUAUCACCUAGGCAAUGGAAGCCUAAGUGCGCCCCAGGCCAGUCCCGAGCUCAGCGAAGUUGAAAUGAGCUCUCCUCACAAUGUUGCUACUCUAAUGCUGCCAAUUUCAGCUGUCCAGACAUCUCCCGUAGCUUCAGCCACAAGAACACAGUCCAUUCAUAGCAUAUACCAUGCUGACUGCCACCUUGAGCCAGUGCAUUGUGUUUCUGCUGUUGCCCAGCCAGGCAAUGCCCUCACAAACACAGAAGUACUUCACAAGAAUGUUGCUGGAAAUAAAAAUUACCCAACAGUCCAUCCCAGCACGUCACCUGAGAUACAGAGAGAAAUUGAACAGGAAGUUAUUGUACAAAAUCCUGGGAUAACAAGUGAUUUCAGUAUCCAGCCUCCACCACAUUAUAGCUCCAUGAACAAGCUGCUGGAGACGCAGAGCAUAGGUGUCUGCAGGGGAUCAUGCAAAUAUUCACCCCAAACCGCACCUUCCGAGACUGGACUGUGUGAGACCGAGAAAUGUUCUCAUUGCAAAGAGCCUGAGAUUGUUGAGAAUGAGACGGCUGACUCAGACAGUGAUGGAGGAUAUGAUUUUACCCAUAACAGCGAACAGAAUGAGACCCAGAAACCAAAAGGGCGACCUAAGACUCUCAGUAAGCUGCUCGUACUCUGGAAGAUGGUUUGUGAGACGUUCAGGAAAAUCGUAGACAGCAAAUACUUUGGACGAGGCAUAAUGAUCGCAAUUCUAAUUAACACGCUCAGCAUGGGGAUUGAAUAUCACGAGCAGCCUGAAGAACUGACUAACGCUCUGGAGAUCAGCAAUAUCGUAUUUACCAGCCUCUUCGCUCUGGAAAUGAUCCUUAAACUCCUGGUUUAUGGUCCUUUUGGGUACAUUAAGAAUCCUUAUAAUAUCUUUGAUGGGAUCAUUGUGAUUAUCAGCGUGUGGGAGAUCAUCGGCCAGCAGGGAGGAGGUCUGUCUGUGCUCAGAACGUUCCGUCUCAUGCGGGUACUCAAGCUUGUGCGAUUCAUGCCAGCCCUGCAACGUCAGCUUGUGGUUCUGAUGAAAACGAUGGACAACGUGGCAACAUUCUGUAUGCUGCUGAUGCUCUUCAUAUUCAUCUUUAGUAUUCUAGGGAUGCAUCUUUUUGGCUGUAAAUUUGCCACUGAGAAAGAUGGAGACACACUGCCAGACAGAAAGAACUUUGAUUCCCUGCUGUGGGCCACAGUCACUGUGUUUCAGAUCCUAACCCAGGAAGACUGGAACAAGGUUCUGUAUAACGGAAUGGCAUCCACCUCUUCAUGGGCAGCUCUUUAUUUUAUUGCCCUGAUGACUUUUGGGAACUACGUUCUGUUUAACUUGUUAGUGGCCAUUCUUGUUGAAGGAUUCCAGACCGAGGAAGUGCCCAAGAGAGAAGAUAUGAGUGCGCGAUUAAGUUGUAUACAUCUGCCUGUGGACUCCCUUAUGGGGGAUGGAUCUCAGUCCGGUUCCUUAUCGCCUGCGGAUGAAUGUGCAAUGCAGAAUAGUCUUUCCAAUGCGUCGUUUACUCCAGUUCAUGGAUACCAAGAUAUGAAAUCCACUUUGCAUCCUCCACUCAUUAUUCAUACCGCUGCCACGCCCAUGCCAGUGCCAAAAAGUGCUCUCUUUGGAGAUAUUCCUCUGAUCUGUGAGUCACGGAGAGGGAGCAAUGUGUCAGGGGGACCUCACGCCAGUGAUAUCAAGUCUUUGUCCAGUGUUCGCAACUCCCCACACAGCUCCUGGGGUGCAGUCUGCAACUGGAAUAGCCGCAGGUCCAGCUGGAACAGUAUAGGGCGAGCUUCAAGCCUAAAAAGACACGUGGAAAGUGUGGAGCACAAGUCCUUACUGUCUGCAGAUGGGAAGGAGAGCUCAGAAGGAGAGACAUCUGAUGAGGAAGUAUCUAGUCGUACUGGCUCUUCUUGCAACAGGAUGGACCUUGCCGAAAAAAGAGACAUGUACGACAUGCAUGAUACAUUGCAUGUGCCUUAUGUGUUUGGAGUGCAAAAUAGACACAGCCUUCCAGGAGAAUACAAAGAUUGCAAUGGAAAAACAUCUCACUCCUCAGCCUUUCCUCAGCUCCACCUUGAAGACCCUAAACUUGAUUACAGCAAUAACAUUGAUGAUGAUGCUAAUAUGAGUAAGACAGAGAGAUUAAAAGCCUGGGUUUCUGCACACUUACCGGCAUGGUGCAAGGAAAGAGAAUCUUGGUCCCUCUUUCUAUUUCCACCCUAUUCCAAAUUCCGUCUGAUGUGCAAUAAAAUCAUAUCUCACCGGAUGUUUGAUCAUGUGGUUUUGUUUAUUAUUUUUUUAAACUGCAUAACCAUUGCCAUGGAGAGACCAAAAAUUGAUCCUCAUAGUGCUGAGAGAAUAUUCCUCACACUCUCUAACUACAUAUUUACAUUAAUAUUUUUGGCUGAAAUGACAAUAAAGGUGGUGGCUCUGAGUUUGUGCUUCGGUGGCAAAGCUUAUCUAAGAAGUAGCUGGAAUAUUCUAGAUGGGAUGCUUGUUUUAAUCUCGGCCAUUGAUAUCCUAGUUUCUAUGGUAUCAGAUAGUGGCACAAAAAUCCUUGGCAUGUUGAGAGUCUUAAGGCUUCUUCGAACAUUGAGACCUCUUCGGGUCAUCAGCCGUGCUCAGGGACUGAAACUUGUGGUUGAAACCCUCAUGUCUUCCUUAAAACCUAUCGGAAACAUUGUGGUUAUCUGCUGUGCCUUCUUCAUCAUAUUUGGAAUUCUUGGUGUCCAGCUUUUCAAAGGAAAGUUUUUUUAUUGCCUGGGGGAUGACACAAAGAAUAUUACUAACAAAUCAGAUUGCCUGGAAGCCAAAUAUAAAUGGGCAAGACACAAAUAUAAUUUUGAUAAUCUUGGACAGGCUCUUAUGUCUUUAUUCGUCUUGGCCUCAAAAGACGGAUGGGUGGACAUCAUGUAUGACGGAUUGGAUGCUGUUGGAGUUGAUCAACAGCCAGUGAUGAACUACAAUCCUUGGAUGCUUCUCUACUUCAUUUCAUUCCUGCUGAUCGUCGCCUUCUUUGUCCUGAACAUGUUUGUCGGAGUCGUGGUGGAGAAUUUUCAUAAGUGUCGGCAAAAUCAGGAGGAAGAAGAAGCAAAAAGACGGGAAGAGAAAAGACUACGCAGGAUGGAGAAAAAACGAAGGAGUAAGGAGAAGGAGAUGGCUGAGGCGCAGUGCAAACCGUACUACUCAGAUUAUUCCCACCCGAGGCUCUUCAUACAUCAAAUGUGCACCAGCCAUUACCUGGACUUAUUUAUUACAGGGGUCAUAGGACUCAAUGUUGUGACUAUGGCGAUGGAGCAUUAUCAACAGCCAAAGGUGUUGGAUGAAGCACUGAAGAUUUGCAAUUAUAUCUUCACCCUCAUUUUUGUGCUUGAAUCUGGCUGUAAGAUGAUUGCUUUUGGAUUCCGAAGAUUCUUUAAAGACAGGUGGAAUCAGCUGGAUCUGGCCAUUGUUUUGCUUAGCAUUAUGGGAAUUACAUUGGAAGAAAUUGAAGUCAAUGCGUCAUUACCCAUUAAUCCUACAAUAAUUCGGAUCAUGAGAGUUCUUAGGAUCGCUCGUGUUUUAAAGUUAUUGAAGAUGGCGGUAGGGAUGCGGGCCUUGUUGGAUACCGUUCUCCAAGCACUCCCUCAGGUGGGGAACCUCGGACUACUUUUUAUGUUGUUGUUUUUCAUUUUUGCUGCACUGGGGGUUGAGCUUUUUGGUGAUUUAGAGUGCAAUGACUCACACCCUUGCGAGGGACUGGGAAGACACGCAACAUUCAGGAACUUUGGGAUGGCCUUUUUGACUCUCUUUAGAGUAUCUACAGGAGACAACUGGAAUGGAAUAAUGAAGGACACCCUUCGUGACUGUAAUGAAGACUCCACUUGCUACAAUACAGUCAUCUCGCCCAUCUACUUUGUGUCCUUUGUGCUGACUGCGCAGUUUGUUCUGGUAAAUGUGGUGAUCGCCGUAUUAAUGAAGCAUUUGGAGGAGAGCAAUAAAGAAGCUAAGGAAGAGGCAGAAUUGGAGGCAGAGAUGGAACUUGAGUUUCAGAUUCAAAACAUGCAAGCCCCAGAAUGUGACCCCUUCAUCUGGGCUGGGAGAGAGCUUAGCUUCACUCAGGAGAGCUCAUAUGGGUACAUGAAUUCUGUGCAAGACAAGGGGGGCUCUCAGAUGUCUUUGGUCCAUCCCAUGGAAAGACACAUGUUUGAUACCAUCUCACUACUGAUCCAGGGAUCCAUGGACGGGGAAAUGAGGUUAAUGGACAAUCUGUCUGGUUCUGUGUGUCAUCAUUAUGCCCUGCCACCAUCUAACAAGUGCUCAUCAGAGAAACAGAUACCGUUGGCUGAGAUGGAAGGUCUGUCCUUAACGUCUGAUAUUAUGUCAGAAAAAUCCUGGUCCUUGGCUAUGACGGAUGACUCUUUGCCUGAUGUCAACAACCCCCUUGCGUACAUUGUUCCUGAAACAAAUACCCGACAUUCUCAGGGAAAAGUAUCUGAGACAUUUGAAGAACGUAAUAAUUUGCUUUGUGUAAAAAAACCUUCGGUGUGUCGGACACACUCUCUGCCAAAUGACAGUUACAUGCUGCGGACGGCGGACUCAUGUGCGGACUGCAGGACACAGAGGAACUCCAGCUGCCAGGAAGCAGGUUCCAGGACUUCUGUGCAGUCUCAACCGAGUGACAUUACUUCCCUUUUACAAGUGCCACAAAGUGUAACUCAACUUACAAGACCAGAAACUAAGUUAAGCUCUGACAUACCCAAGCUCCCAGCUCCACUGCGGUCACCAUCUGCACAUAGAAUGUUGCGGAGACAGGAGGCAAUCAGAAAUGACUCUUUUGAAAUGUCCUUCGAUGGCAAGGAAGAUGAACAGGAUAGUGUCACAGAGAAGCCCAUCAUAAACAUACCAGUCUGCCAAGUUUCUGUACCUGUCAAUAAGCAACAGGAACACGAGAACAUGCCCUGUAAGCUGGAGCAACCUAUUGUUCACACUCAACAUGUUCAUGAGAAGUGCAAUAUUUUUAUGUGCUCAGAUGUUCCUCAAACACAUGUAAAGCCUCUCAGUGAUAAACCAACUGUACCACAUGGGCAUGAUUUGAUAAACAUGCCAUUCUGCCAAAAGCAUUUUGACCCAAGAACAUGUAAAGCUUUGAGUGUGUAUUCUGCUGCAUACACAUUACGCCAGAAGCUAAAACUGGGAAAUAGCAGCAAUGUUGUUUUACAGGACAUGAAAAAAUUCUACAGUGUAGAUACUCAUGGUGUUCUUAAAAAGACGACUUCUUGGUUGGAUGAUCCCAGAAGACAUUCUAUAGAAAUUGGUUCUAUGGAAAAUGCUAUUCAUCAUCAUCCUGCUUCACGUUCCUGUGGAUUUAUUAGUCAGAUAUUUAAUGAAAGUGAUGAUUUGCAAGUGAUGCAGAGGACUGAAGGACACAGCCCUGUAUGUACAUGCAAAAAAAUCCAAGAACAAGAACUUUUUCCCGCUGGAGAAACCUCAGGAUCCCCAUACUCAAAUUCUGAUACCUUAAGAAGACAGUCCUAUUCUUUGGAUUCUAAGGAACUCCCCAAUAUUGUCAACACUUUCAUUCCGGACAGGUCACCCUCACCGUUGACCAAUUUAAUAACUGUUGACAAAUUUUCUAUUGACACAAUUGAAUUAAAACACUGACUUAUGCGUGGGUGCCAAAUCUUACAAUAAAGAAAUGAGCUGUUUAUUUGGGGUAAAAUAUUAAAGGAAAAACUUUUAACCUGGCAGCUCUUGGAGAAUACUUGAACAUUGUUCUCAGACAAUAGCAAUACAAUUUUCCAAAAUGAUUUUCAUUUUUGUUUAGUUAGAGAUUACAAGAGAACUCAAUAUGUACAAUAUUUUUAUUAAAUAAAUUUAUUGGCAUAUCUGUUUUUUGGUGAGUUCUGAAAUUAUUAUGGAACCUAUAUUUUUGUAGCUUAUAGAUCGGGCUGCAUUAGAAGGUAAUAAACAAUGAAUAUUGGCUAAUUUUAGUCCCAGAAAUUACAAUUAUUAUCAAAUUAAAGUUUGAUAAAUUAUAUAUAAAUAAUUUAACACCCAAAUGUUGCUUCUAAUGCUUCAUGUGUGGGGCCUAAUGCAAUUAUCUAGAGGUGCAAAUACAUCAAAAAUACAUUGUACACAGUGGGUGGAGUUUAGGAGGUUCCUGGAUUCACUUUGGAAACUGGGACAUUUAUUGGAAAGGGAAAACUACAUGAUGGACAUUGAAACACAGCUGUCGAAGUGUGACAAUCCAGGAAUAUCUGAGAUGGUUUCGAGCUCUACAGCAGCCGUUAUUACUAACAUCAAUACUGAUUGCUAAUGUGUUCAUAAAAAUUGGUGAUAAAUAACAAAUAUUCAUGGGACCCUGGUACCAUUUUAUAAAAUGUAAAGGUACAUUAAAGUUAUGUGUUUCUUAGAAGGCAGCAGGGUUUACACAAUGUAUAACCACUGCUAUUCCUGCUCUUAGUGAUUGGCAACUGGCUGUCAUUACAAAAAAAGUGUGGAUGCCUCUUGCUCUAGAGGUUCCAACAAAAUUAUAACAGGUACACACCACCAUUAGAUAUUUUGUUUGGAUUGCACAUUUGUUCCUCAUUCAGACAUCAGUAUCCAUUAUAUUUGCCCAUUAACAAGUGAAUAUAGCUAACUAAGACCAUGUUUGCAGCUGCCAUUAAUAAUAUAUCGUCUGUUGUAAAGUGUUAGUUUUUCCUGUUUGACACUUAGGGCCUGAUAUUCAAAACUUUGCCGGCAUGGAAGGAAAUCACAUAAAAUAUUUGGGAUUAUUUUUAGACCUUGUAUUGUAAUGUAUGAGUCUCUGUUUCACAUAUAGAAAACUACAAAGUAACAUAAACAUUUCUCAAGAUAAAAUUUGUGUUUCUACAUUUUUUUUAUGAGCCUCACUGUAUCGACUUAGAAUAUCUCACCUGAGCAGCGAGGUUUUGAAUAUCAGGCCCUAAAUAUCCUUCACCAGUUUACGCUGAUUUUCUCGCAUUGUGCUUCCUUAAUCUUGUCCACGGCUUACAAUCUGCAUCUAUUGAAAUCAGUGGUAAGCACUAAAGGAGAAUUAGUACCACAUUUACAUUAUACAAAGUAUCGUUUAACCCCUGAUGAACCUUGAUCAAAACUUACUGCUAACAAGAGGAGAUGUUAAGGCAUAAAGAACAGGUAAAAUAGUGUGACAGUAUACCCACAACCAAAUCCCUGUGUACAGCUAAGGAAAAGAUUGUUUGCAUGGGUAAAAUGAAACUAUCCUGAGAAGUUUUAAACAAUUUGAAGUCCAUUUGUAUAUAGGUAUGAUGGGUAUACUGAGCAUGAUUAUAUUUCAUUAACUUUUUAUAUUUUUUUGAAGUAUUUUUUUUAAAAAAAAUCCAUUUUUAUUUGGUGAGGUUUUCAUCUAAAAACAAUAUAAACAGUGCAGGAAAUCAUAUACCGUAGAACAGGUAUGGCCAACUGGAGGCCCCAGGGCCUCAUGAGGCCCUCUACACUAAUCUUUGUGGCCCCAGUGAGAAAACAGAGUUAAAAAUGUGCAAAACUGCUUUCAUAUAGUGAUCCAGACAAGUGCAUGCUCCUGAGUUUUUUCAACAAAAGAUAUGAAGAGAACAAAGAAAAUUUGACAAUAGAAGUAAAUUAGAAAUUGCAUGCUGUAUCUGAAUCAUAAAAGACAAAUUUUGGAUUACAUGUCCCUUUAAGGAUUGUUAUUUCAAAACCUCACUCUCACUGUACAGAACACGUUUUCUCUUUGCUGCAUUUAUAUAACUGUAAGAAGAUCUGGCUUUUAAACAAACAAAAUUGAAUGGCAAAUACUAAAUGCACAAUCAUGGAGAAACACAUUCCUAAAUAUGAGCCUACUAUACAAUCCGGAAAAUCCAAGUAUGAAAUAAAAGAAUGAUUGCAAUAAGGUAUUUGCUAAACUCUAUUUCUCAAUGUUGUGUUUGGUAGUUCUGUUUUCCUGCUCACCCCCCCCCCCCACCACCUACGGACUAUACAAAAGCAAUUAUGUCUUGCAAUAGUCAAAACUAAGGGUAAGAUAGGUGAUUUGAGCUUAACACCUGAUGAGUUUUUUGUGAGCUGGUAAAACGUAAUGCAAAACUAUGUAAACUGGGUGUAAAAUGUUACUGGAUACACGAUUAUUAGCGCUUUACAACUCCUGAUUGUAAAAAACAAUGUAAAUACGGCCUAAGUAAGCUUUUAAAUUAUCCAUUUAAAAAAAAAAACUACUUGCAAAAAAACCCCUAAUUGUGGUCAAACCUACAACAAAAUGCUAGUAGCCAUUAUCACUUGCUUAAUUUAAAACGCAUACUGGUUAUUAUGACCAUGCUUCAGCCAUGAGGAAACACAAACCCCUACAAUAGCAGUUUGUUCCAUUCAAUAAACUUUAUGAAGCAAAUUUUUUUAGCAAAUCAAUCCUGUUACCUGUUAGUUCUUUAUUACCCUGAUAAUGUUUCGAGAAUAGGGGAGAGCUACCACAUCAGUUGAAUAUGUGAACAAUGAAACAAAUUUUAUUAAUAUCACAUAGAACUCUCCACCAAACAUUUACUCAACCACUCCACACCUCCUAACUGCUCCAAAUGAAAAUGGUUAUCCGACUACACUGAUGUACUUGUAUAAUCAAACAAUCCUGCUUAAAAAUAUUCUAGUUAAAUAUUAGUACUGUAUUCAAAUCAUUCCAUUACUGAGAUUACUUCUGGUAUUAUACUAAAUGUCAUUUGCAUAUUUGUUUAGGUGUACAUUUAACCAGUAUUUCUUAAUGUGACUCAGCAAUAAAUAAUUUAAUCACUUGGAGAAGUGAGUGAAAAAGCAACCAGUAAAAAAAAAAAAAAAAAAAAAAAAAAAAAAAAAAAAGGAUAAAUUAUUUGUUUCAUUAAAUCGCUCUGGGAGAUUUACAUGGAAAAUUUCAUUUUUAUUCAAUUUCAUCUGGAAACUACGCUUUAUUAUGAAAUUAAAUGUUAUAUCAUGUGCAUAUAUCAAGUUUAAAUAUCUGGUAUACAAAUCUAUUACAAGUAAAUAGCAAAAAAUGGUUUACCAGAAAAUCUUCAUUUUUUUCUGCACCCUAUACUUUGAAGUGAUAGUGCUAUUAUCGCACAUAUUACAAGUGCUAAGUUAUGUGUUGAACUUAGUUCUUUUGGAGACUUGAAGUAAAGUGUUAAUGCUUGGAUAUAUGCAAAGCGAAACACAUGUAUAGCAUAUUCAAUUAAAGUAUUUCACUAACAUUUACAUAUUACUUGUAAAAUAAAGGUUUAUUUAUUGAAAUAAAUUGAUUAAAAA